AUGCUCGACGAUGAGGCCGAUGAUGUACCGAAACUCUCCGACGACACGCUAGCCGUUCUCAAGCAAUUCCAAGCAGAACAACGACAAAAAGAGGAAGAAGAACGCCUAGGAACGGGUGAUGUCUCCGAAAAUUGGCAGUUAUCCCAAUUUUGGUAUACACCCGAAACUGCUCGAUCGUUAUGUCAUGAGGUUGUGGACGCUGUUGAACUAGAGGGCGGACGAGUUGCCAUAGUUUCUGCUCCAACACUUAUGCAAUAUUUUCUCGAAUUUGAGGCGGCGAAAGAUAAAAAACUGUGGCUACGAUUAUUCGAAUAUGACGACCGCUUCAGGAUAAAAUAUCCCGAUGAGUAUGUUCCAUUCGAUUAUAACCAACCACUUGCGCUCCCAGAAGAGUUUAAAGGAAUAUUUGAUUUAGUCAUCGCCGAUCCCCCCUUUUUAUCGGAUGAAUGCUUGGUGAAAACGUGCCAGACGGUGAGAUGGCUGGGAAAAGAGGGGUCAAAGAUACUGUUUUGCACGGGAGCAGUGAUGUCUGACAUGAUUGAUCGAUUGUUACAUUGCCGCCCAAUCACCUUUAUUCCACAACACGCCAAUAACUUGAGUAAUGAUUUUCGCUGUUUUGGAAUGGCGAAAAAGAGAAAGCAAGGAACGAACGAAAAGGUUGUUGCGGCAAGUUUCAAUGGGAGAUCAACCGAUAACGACGCAGGGCCAUCAAAGAAGAAACUGAAGAAAAAGAUUUCCGACGACGUUCCAACGACUUCCAAAAUCCACAACAAAAAGGAACAUGUCAAGAGCGCCGAAAAGGUAGAGGACAGACCCGAAGAAGAGAAUCCGUCGGAUGAUGAAAGCAUUGACGAGGAAGAGGAAGAGGAUUUUUUACAAGAAGACGGAGAUGGAGAGAUUCUUGACUUCGAAUUUGAGGCUUUUCCAAUGGAAGAAGACGAUGUUGAUGGAGUUGCAAACAUGUUGACGCAAAUUUUCUUAAAUGCUGAUUUGGAUCUUCGCAAGAUUGCCAAAGCAUUGAUCGAGCAAAGUCCUUUCGGAUCAGUAAUUGGACCAGCUGAAUCAAGCUCCGACGAAGAAACGACAAAUGUUGUCUAUGGUCUACUAUCCUUGUUGCCAAUCGACAGCUCCGAAAGUCCGUCGUCGGAAAUUGCCAAAUUCUUGGUUACCCGAGCCAAAAAGCAUGCUGGCAAAGAAACAACAAAAGAACUAGAAAACGCAUUGAAUGGCUCUUGUUCGUGGUUGAUUAACGAACGUAUGCUGAAGUUCCCCGGAGAAAUUGCGGCUCCAAGCUUCAAAGCUUUUCAUGAAGAUGUCAAGACGAUGGAAAAGAAACCUGAGAAGAUCAUUUACAUUCACAAGAUUCGAAUGACUGACUCAGAACCAAUGGAGUCGGUUCCCUCAAAGCGCAAGCUUGGAAAAGCUGAAAAGAAGAGACGAAUGAUUGAAGCUUUAAAAUCAGCUGAUGCAGAGUAUGAUAAUUUUGAGGAUAAACUUUUGCUUGAGCUUCAAGAUGGCAAAGCAGUGUUUUUUGAUUACAACGUGCAGGGUGAGGUUGACGUUGGAAGCAAAUUUGGCAUACAGGAGUCGGUUCGGAAAAUGGCGCUCCCCGUGUUGUUUCGUGGUGUGAUCACGAAAGGCUUCAGAGCUCUCUCAACCACGUCGGCUCUUCGUGGCCAUGAUGAUAUCAUGGAGAAAUGGAGCCCGGAGAAGUUUGACACGCACUUCAUCACCUAUUUGAAUCGGCCAGAGAUCGACGGUUGGGAGGUGCGCAAGGCGUUGACCGAGCUUCACGAUUUUGACGUGAUCCCUGAUCCAAAGGUGGUAGAAGCUGCCCUUCGCGCCUGCCGACGUGUGAAUGACUAUGCUUUGUGUGUUAGAUUCCUUGAAGCCAUCAAGUUCAAGUGUGGAAGCCAAAAGAACCGCGAGCUCGUCUACGGAUACAUUAUCAAGGAGGUGAAACCAGUGCUCGAUGAGCUCGGCAUCUCGACACCCGAGGAUUUGGGCUACGAUAAACCCGAGUUUUUCAUUCCUGAGCCAGAGAAAUGGUGGCAAAAGGAAUGGUAUGCUGAAUAUGGAUACGACAAAAAACCCGGAUUUCAAUAU